AUAUUUUCUAACACAUGAUCAUCUAUAAGAAUGCACAAAAUCUUUUUUCAUAUCAAUAUAUUUGUUUCCUUCUAGUUUCACUCACUGAAUAAACACUAAAAAAACAUACACUAAUCAUAUAUUAAUAGUUUUCAUAUCUCAGUUUCUACAAAUAGCAUUGUUUUCUGGUGUCUGUCAUAUCAGUUUGCAGAAAGCCUUCUGGGUUUUGUUUGGUUUAAGCUUAAGUUGCAAAAGUUGUUAUCUUUUUAUUAUACUAGUCUUGAGUUGGAGCAAUGGAAGGAAGUGAUAUAUACGGAGCGAGUACGAGUUUCCGCGCGAGAAGUUCUUCUUCUACUACAGGUUGGAGAAACAGUGGAAUAGAGGCUUUUUCGUCGCGACGUGGAGAACUAGAAGAUGAUGAAGAAGCUCUUAAAUGGGCUGCACUUGAAAAACUCCCUACUUACAACCGUUUGAGGAAAGGGUUGUUAGCGACAUCACGCGGUGUUGCCAAUGAGAUUGAUAUAUUAACUGAUCUUGGAUUUCAAGAAAGACAGAAACUUUUGGAUAGGUUGAUCAAUGUGGCUGAAGAGGGUAAUGAGAAGUUCUUGUUGAAGCUCAAGGAAAGAAUUGAUAGAGUUGGGAUUGAGGUUCCGACAAUCGAAGUUCGAUACGAGCGGCUAACUGUUGAGGCGGAAGCUUAUGUCGGAGGAAGGGCUUUACCAACUUUGUUGAACUCUGUCACUAAUGCUGUUGAGGUAAAUUUAUUUAACCAGAUUCUACUUUAUCAGUUGUUGUUUCUUCUUUGUUUUCGAAUUAGUCUCUUGAUACCAAUUCUUUCUUUGGUCUUUCAGAGUAUCUUGAUUUCUCUCUAUAUUCUCACAAACAAAAAGAAACAUAUGACUAUUCUCAAAGAUGUUAGUGGAAUUGUAAAACCAAGUAGGAUGACACUUCUUCUUGGUCCUCCGAGUUCGGGAAAAACCACGCUUCUUUUGGCCUUAUCAGGAAAGCUUGAUCCCAAUCUCAAGGUAUCUGGGAAAGUGACCUAUAACGGACAUGGAAUGGAUGAAUUCGUACCUCAAAGAACAGCUGCAUAUAUUAGUCAACAUGAUGUUCAUAUCGGAGAAAUGACUGUUAGAGAAACCCUGGCUUUCUCAGCAAGAUGCCAAGGUGUUGGAUCACGAUACGACUUGUUGUCGGAGUUGUCUAGAAGAGAAAAAGAAGCAAAGAUUAAGCCAGACCCGGAUGUCGAUGUCUUCAUGAAGGCAGUAUCAACUGGAGGCCAACAGGAAAGUGUGGUAACUGAUUAUGUACUCAAGCUUUUGGGGUUGGAUGUAUGUGCUGAUACUAUGGUUGGGAAUGAAAUGUUGCGCGGUAUCUCGGGAGGACAAAGAAAGCGAGUUACCACGGGAGAGAUGUUGGUUGGACCAGCAAAUGCUUUAUUUAUGGAUGAAAUAUCUACUGGUUUGGACAGUUCAACAACUUUCCAAAUUGUGAGAUCUCUUAAGCAAUAUGUUCACAUUCUUAAUGGAACCGCGGUUAUAUCUUUGCUUCAACCAGCACCAGAGACUUACGAACUUUUUGACGACAUUAUUCUUAUAUCUGACGGUCAAAUUGUUUACCAAGGACCGCGCGAACAUGUUCUCGACUUUUUUGAAUUUGUUGGUUUCAAAUGUCCUGAGAGAAAAGGUGCAGCUGACUUUCUUCAAGAAGUAACUUCAAAGAAGGAUCAAGAACAGUAUUGGUUCCACAGAGAAAAACCAUACAGAUUUGUAACAGUUACUCAAUUCGCCGAGACAUUUCAAUCAUACCAUGUUGGAAGGAAAAUAGGAGACAAGCUCGCAAUUCCAUUUGACAAGUCUAAGAAUCAUCCAGCAGCAUUAACCACUGAAAAGUAUGGUGUUAACAAGAAGGAACUACUAAAAGCUAACUUCUCAAGAGAGUAUUUGCUCAUGAAAAGAAAUUCCUUUGUUUACAUCUUCAAGAUAUGUCAGCUUAUCUUCAUGGCAACGGUGACGAUGACAUUAUUUUUAAGAACUGAGAUGCACCGCGAGUCCUUGAACGAUGGAGGUGUAUAUGCUGGUGCUAUAUUUUUCGCGGUAGUUAUGAUUAUGUUUAACGGAAUGGCUGAACUUUCAAUGACCAUUGCAAAGCUUCCUAGUUUCUACAAGCAAAGAGACCUUCUAUUUUAUCCUUCAUGGGCAUAUGCUAUACCUGCAUGGAUCCUCAAGAUUCCUGUCACAUUUUGUGAAGUCGCCGUUUGGGUUUUUCUCACCUAUUACGUAAUAGGAUUCGAUCCGAAUGUUGGGAGAUUAUUAAAGCAGUAUCUUCUGCUACUAUUGAUAAACCAAGUGGCUUCUGGACUAUUUCGUGCUAUUGCAGCACUCGGUAGAAAUAUGAUUGUCGCCAACACGUUCGGGUCCUUUGCACUUCUCACACUUCUUACAUUAGGUGGCUUCAUUAUGUCCAGAAAGGAUAUCAAAAGCUGGUGGAUUUGGGGUUACUGGAUUUCACCUUUGAUGUAUGGACAAAAUGCUAUAAUGGUGAAUGAAUUCCUCGGAGAUAGUUGGAACCAUUUUACACCGAAUUCGAAUAAAACACUAGGUAUUCAAGUUUUGGAAUCUCGCGGAUUCUUCACAGACGCGUAUUGGUAUUGGAUAGGGGUUGGCGCAUUAGUAGGAUUUAUGUUUCUUUAUAACAUUAUAUUCACCGUGGCUCUCACGCAUCUCAAUCCAUUUGAUAAGGCACAAGCUACAAUAAAUGAUGAAUCAGAAGAUGGAAGAACAAACGGCACACUCCAAGAAGUUGAAUUACCGCGCAUAGCAAGUUCAGGAGAAUCCUCUAGCCGCAGACAGAAAAGAGGAAUGGUUCUUCCUUUCGAGCCACAUUCGAUAACCUUCGACGAAGUUGUGUAUUCUGUCGACAUGCCACAGGAAAUGAAGAUUCAAGGAGUAAUGGAGGAUAGGUUGGUGCUUUUGAAGGGUGUUAGUGGUGCAUUUAGGCCUGGUGUUCUCACAGCGUUGAUGGGAGUUAGUGGAGCGGGAAAAACUACUUUAAUGGAUGUUUUGGCUGGUAGGAAAACCGGUGGUUAUAUCGACGGGAGCAUCAAAAUUUCUGGCUACCCUAAAAAACAAGAAACGUUUGCUCGAAUCUCUGGUUAUUGUGAGCAGAAUGACAUCCAUUCUCCUCAUGUUACUGUCCAUGAAUCAUUGCUCUACUCGGCGUGGCUUCGUUUACCAGCUGAAGUUGAUUACAAUACAAGAAAGAUGUUCAUUGAGGAAGUAAUGGAACUAGUGGAGCUCAAUCCAUUGAGAAACUCUUUGGUUGGUUUACCUGGCGUAAACGGUCUUUCAACCGAACAACGCAAGAGGCUAACUAUAGCAGUUGAGUUAGUUGCCAAUCCUUCCAUAAUUUUCAUGGAUGAGCCUACAUCUGGUUUAGAUGCUAGAGCUGCUGCAAUUGUUAUGCGAACCGUUAGAAACACAGUUGACACAGGAAGAACAGUUGUUUGCACCAUUCAUCAACCAAGUAUCGACAUAUUCGAAGCUUUUGACGAGUUAUUCCUGAUGAAGCGCGGAGGACAAGAAGUAUACGUUGGGCCGUUGGGUCGUCAUUCGAGUCAACUGAUCAAGUAUUUUGAGAGCAUUGAAGGGGUUAGUAAAAUCAAAGAUGGCUAUAAUCCAGCAACAUGGAUGUUAGAAGUUACGAGUUCGGCGCAAGAACUUACUUUAGGUGUUGAUUUUAAUGAUACAUACAAAAACUCUGAGUUGUUUAGAAGAAACAAGCAACUUAUAGAAGAAUUAGGCAAACCUGCUUAUGGUUCAAAGGAUCUUCAUUUCUCCACCCAAUACUCACAGUCCUUUUCAGUCCAAUGCUUGGCUUGCUUAUGGAAACAACAUUGGUCGUAUUGGCGCAAUCCGCCAUAUACUGCUGUCAGGUUCUUCUUCACUACUUUCAUAGGCUUGAUGUUUGGAACAAUAUUCUGGGAUCUUGGCAGGAAAUACUCAAAUAGACAAGAUCUGUUUAAUGCGUUCGGUUCGAUGUAUACUGCUGUUCUCUUCCUUGGGGUCCAGAAUUCAUCGGCUGUACAACCCGUGGUAGCCGUUGAAAGAUCUGUCUUCUAUAGAGAAAGAGCUGCUGGAAUGUAUUCUGCCUUGCCCUAUGCAUUCGCACAGGUUAUAAUAGAACUACCUUAUGUUUUUAUCCAAGCUAUAUCAUAUGGUGUGAUAGUUUAUGCGAUGAUUGGAUUUGAUUGGACUCUAGAGAAAUUCUUUUGGUACAUAUUUUUCAUGUACUUUACAUUGUGCUACUUCACCUUCUAUGGAAUGAUGGCAGUAGCAAUAACUCCAAAUCACCAUGUCGCGUCAAUCGUGGCUUCUGCAUUCUACGCGAUUUGGAAUCUCUUUUCUGGAUUCGUCGUUCCACGACCGAUGAUUCCGGUGUGGUGGAGAUGGUACUAUUGGGCAUGUCCUGUGGCUUGGACUAUAUAUGGAUUGAUAGCAUCACAAUUUGGAGAUAUAAACAUCAUGAUGGAAUCAGAAAAUGAAACAGUUCAAGAAUUCAUAACAAGUUACUUUGGUAUCAAGCAUGAUUUCAUAGGUGUUUGUGCAGCUGUUGUUGUUGGGACAGGAGUGCUCUUUGCAUGUAUUUUUGCUGUCUCAAUCAAACUCUUCAACUUCCAAAGACGGUAGAUUAGGCGCCAAUUUUGAUGGAUUCUCUUCACUUUCAAAUUUUUGUACAUGAUUACUCUGUAUAUCUAUACUCUUCUGGUUCAUUUUAAAUAUUAUCCGACGGAGAAUUCUUAAUAUAA